CUAAAAAAACAAGGAAUGACAUUUUUUAUUCAUGGAUAUGUCCAAGUGUUGAGUAGCGGUUGCAUCAUAAUCUCGGCCGAAGGUGCCAUCGAGUUACUGCUUGCGGGAAGGGGGACCGAAAUCUCAAUUUUUGUCGCACACCUUUCCUCGAUUUUGUGGGAACACGUUUGUGAUUUUGUGAAUUUACUUCACAGUGCAUUGUACAAAAACAAGAAAAUCAUGGCAAGUACUGUGAGUGGGAAGCUACUUGUUUCCAGGAAAGCUUUAGAGGGGCUGCUUCUACGCCCAUCCAAUCAAGUCAUUCGAAGUCGAGGUGCAAGCAGCAGAGGAUACCACACCUUAAUUCGACCCAAUCAUAACCGGUGCCACCCCCUCAGCUCUAUAAAAACUAGUAAAACUACAGCAGCUGAAUCCAGUUUGUCCAAGAUCUCAGUCGACUUUUCCAUCCAACUCAAGCGAUCAAUUCAUGUGUCUUCUAAUCUAUCACAGAGGAAGGAUUACUACCAGAUUUUAGGAAUACCAAAAAACGCAGCCACAAAAGAAGUGAAAAACGCGUAUUACAAAUUAGCCAAACAAUAUCACCCGGAUACCAACAAGGACUCUAAUGCGAAACUAAAGUUUCAGGAUGUGUCUGAAGCGUAUGAGGUUCUUUCUGACGAUACGAAAAGACGAGAAUAUGAUGCUUGGGGACGAACCUCGGAACAAAUGGGGCGUGAAGGAUACGGGGGAGGAAGAGGAUUUGGUAGUGGAGCACAAGGUGGAGGUCCUCAAUGGCAAUACCAGUCGUCUGUUGACCCUGAAGAGCUAUUUAGAAAAAUAUUUGGAGAGUUUCGAGAUCCUCGAUUUGGUGGUAAUCCGUUUGGACAAGGGUUUGGAAAUUUUGGUGGCGGAGGGGAAGAAGAUGAAGCGUUUGGAUUUGGAGGUGCUCAAGAGCAAAUAUUGAUGAAUCUUACCUUUGAAGAAGCAGCACGUGGUUGCCUUAAAGACACAAAGGUAAACGUGACAGAGACGUGUCCCAAGUGUGAGGGGACAAAAGCUGCACCUGGUUCAAAAACUCAGAAAUGUACUUCGUGCAAUGGAACUGGAAUGGAAACCAUUGCAACAGGACCUUUCGUAAUGCGAAGUACUUGUAGAAGGUGCAAAGGAACUAGACAAAUAAUAACAAAUCCUUGUGGAAAUUGUCGGGGGACAGGAAAUGUAGUGAAUCGGAAAACCGUUACAGUUCCAGUUCCGGCAGGAAUCGAAGACUCUCAAACAGUUAGAAUGCCGGUUGGGAAAAAGGAAGUUUUUAUCACGUUCAGAGUGGAAAAGUCAGAUUAUUUUACAAGAGAUGGUAUAGAUGUGCAUACAGACACUAGUAUCUCAUUUUGUCAAGCUGCCCUUGGUGGAAGUACACGGAUCAAGGGAGUCCACGAGAAUUUUGACCUUGAUAUUCCACCAGGCACAAGUUCGCACACUCGAAUGCGUCUUAGGGGUAAAGGAAUCAAACGCGUAAACGGAUUCGGUCAUGGAGAUCACUAUGUUCACAUUAAGAUAAAAAUCCCUACUGGACUUACGCCAGAGCAAGAAGCAUUAAUACGUGCAUUUGCAGAAUAUGAGACGAAUACUCCUGGGACGAUUAAAGGUGUCACUAAAACAAAGUCUGGUCAAUCUACUAAUGCAGGAAGUGAAACUGAAGGAAAAGGAGGAGCUGGAGAAUUUCUCAAGAAAAUUAAAGAUGCCAUAUUAGGGAUGAACAAUGGCCAUGAACCUCCAGCAAGAUCUUAAAAGCAACUGUCGUAUCCUAUCGUCAUCGCAUUAAAUAUUGACCAUGCUUGCUACGAUAAAAUCUAGUAGUAACUAUAUUUCAGGAGUGAACGUAAUGUGAACCAUUAAAAUUAUUAAAUAUAUAUAUAUAGUUUUCGAAUAAACUUGACUUGAAAACUCACGCAAGAAACACAAGAUGUCCAAUGUGUCAUAAUGUUUUAUUCUCUAGGUAGACAAAUUCGUUUAUCAAGCAAUUUACCAUAAAUGUGCACAACAUUCAGCUGAAGUGAAAAUAUUUCUACACUUCAAAAAAAAUUUAUAAAA